GCCGUGGCCUCGAUGAUCAUAUUCUGCGCUCCAAAGGCAUCCUUUGGGUCGCUGGCAUGGAAAGUUCGCUGAUCUGGCACCAGGCCGGCUCCACCGGGGGGAUCGAAGCUGGCACCCGCUGGCUGCAUGGCAACGUGGAUCUCUUGAACUGGCCGAAGGAGACUCCGCCUGAGUACAGAGAGGCACCCUAUGGGGACAUGCGCCAGGAGCUGGUGUUCAUCGGGAGGAAUUUCAACAAGGAAGCUCUUAAGAGACGGUUGGAGCAAGCCUUGGUGACUGGCCCCGAGUUUCAGCUGGGUCCAGACUCCUGGAGCCAGUGGCCCAAUCCCUUCCGCGAGCGCGUAUUUGGCCACAACGACCAGCAUGCCCAUGAAAGGGCUUCGUCCACGGCUUCGUGGAAGCGGCGCCCUGCAUCGACCAGAGGACGGGUCUUGGGUAAGACAGCAAGGGCCCUGCGGAAGCGCAAGAGAGGCGGUUCCUAG